CAGCGAGUUUACAAUCUCAGUUUGGUUUCCAACCCCGCAGCAACGCCGUUACUGACGAGCUUUGACAACUUUCACCGGAGAUUCUUGUUUUAUUUGGCACAUUUUGCCCGCGAGUUAUGCGUAAAAAGGCGCAGCGCUGGUUGUGACGCAUGGUCACCGCUUUGGAUCUACCCAAAAGUCCUCCCAGCAGGUGAACAUCUACACUGGAAAUAUACGCACUUUUUUUUUUCUUUUUUUAAAGAGGAUCUAAAACAGGAUGAAUAUUUUGUGGGUGUGGAUGUUGUGCAUCGUUGAUUUGUCAGAUGCUGUGAUCGACUUAACCAUGAUAUCGACAGCAGAGGUCACCAAAGUAAAUCACUUUUCCAUCUCAUGUAUCAACGGAGACCGCACGCCUGCCCAUGUGGAACUGGACAUCAAGAGAGACAACAAAAUCCUCAUAUUCCCAAAGAUGCCAAAUUUCAAACUACAUAAACCCAGGAACAAGAAAGUGGUGGCCAGGGACUUCAAAGACCUGGAUAACAUCGGUAUCUUUUACUGCGAAUCCACUCAGGAAGUUCCUCCGCUUGAGACGGUCACAAUGAUUAACAACUUUGGCAGAGCAAACUUUGUCCCGAAUCACCUGACUCUGACUGCCAAUAAAGGGGAAACGGUUCACCUCAGCAUGCAGCUCCUCAGCUCCCAAAAGAGGGACGUGACCUGGAAGUACAAUGGAAAUUACUAUUACAUGACUCACUGGAACGACAUGGUCAACCGCACUGCUGUUCUGACCGUGGAGAACGCAGCUUUUGCCAAUGAAGGCAUCUACAGUGCCAGCUACGUGGGGGACAGCCCUCUGCAGGGGGCCUGGAUGAGACUCAUUGUCAGAGAUUGUCCCAGUAAGAAAUGGGGUCCUUACUGUGACAAGGACUGCCCGGAGUGUCUCAACGGUGGAGUUUGUCAUGAUGUGGAUGGAGACUGUAUCUGCCCUCCUGGGUUUAUGGGAACACGCUGUGAGACCGCCUGCAGAGAAGGAAUGUUUGGUCGAAACUGCCAAGAGUCGUGCAGCACAGAACUAAACUGCAAGGGCCUUCGCUUGUGCCUACCUGACCCUUACGGCUGCUCCUGCGCUAGUGGCUGGUUUGGGAGCCGUUGUGAGAAGGCCUGUCAUAAUGACAUGUAUGGACCAGACUGCAGGCUGAGCUGUCGAUGUCAGAAUGGAGGAGUCUGCAAUCGCUUUAGUGGAUGUCAGUGUCCCACAGGAUGGAGGGGACAGAACUGUGAGAAAUCUGACCGAGCUCCAGAGAUCUUGGACUUGGACAGCAAUUUAGAGUGGAAUCUUAACUCGAGCCCAAAGAUAUUUUGUUCAGCCACAGGCAAUCCUCUGCCCAGCCAUGACAGCAUUGAGCUGCGGAAGUUGGACAGCACUGUGCUCAAGGCCUCACACACUGUCAUGGACUCCAAUAAAAGUAUAGCCAUGUUUGAGAUCCCUCGUCUGAGUGCCCAACAAGGAGGACUUUGGGAGUGCAGGGUGUCGACCAACGGAGGCCAGGAUUCCCGUAAAUUCAAUCUCACUAUUAAAGAACCACCUGUGCCAACCACUGCUCCCAUACUGAUGGAGAAGAGGAGUAAGCAGCUACUUGUGAUGCCUAUGGACUGCCACAGAGGAGACGGGCCCAUUGUCUCCACCAGGCUCCUCUACAAGCCCGUUGUGAAUACCGAUUCUUGGUCCUCCAUCAUCGUCUACAGUGAUAAAGAGCCUAUCACGCUGAUGAACCUGGAGCCUUCAACACGGUACCAUGUACGAGUCCAGCUGACUCGCCCUGGUGAGGGAGGAGAAGGGGCCCCUGGGCCGGAGGCCAUAAUGGAAACCGACUGUCCUGAGCCCACAUUUCGACCCGAGAUUGACAUCAGCUUGGUGGAAGGUCGCAACGUCACCGUGCGAUGGCGACUUCCCAGCAACAGUGACAUUAAUGCCGUCACAGCCAGUGGCUUUUUAGUGCAGCUCUUCGGGCCACCGCCGCGCAGUGAGAAACUACUGGAGGCUAUCACCAUGUUAAAUGUUCUGUCCAAAAAGUUCCACAACUUGGAGUACCAGCAGGACUACACGGUGGUGGUGCGCCUCAUCAACUGCGGCAGCCAGGGGCCCCCGUCAAAGCCCUACCACGUCCGCAUCAACAGCCAGGGCCCAUCACCCCCGCGCAAUGUCCUUACUCUGCCCCUGUCCGUGUCGGCCAUCCAAGUGAAGUGGCAGCCCCCCGAGGAUGUGAACGGAGGCGUCAUGAAAUAUGUGAUUGAGUACCAGCCAGUCGGCCAGGGGAGCCCGCACCUUUGGGUGGACACAGACGAUGGAAACAAGACCGCCAAAGAUGUGACGGCGCUCAACAGCAGCACACUCUACCAGUUCAGAGUGAGGGCUUUCUCCAAAGUACCAGGAGAGUGGAGCAAGUUUGUUCAAGAGAUGACAUCAGGGGAUGGCUCGGAGAGUUUAACGCCGACCACCCAGGGUGUGGCUCGGAGGCCUGCUGGGGACAACUAUCAGCUGCUGGUGGCCGUGGUUGGAUCCGUGACCGUCACCUGUGUGACCAUUCUGCUGGCACUGCUCGCUUUCUUUUUCAUCCGCAAAACCGUACUGAGUCGACGACGCACAUUCACCUACCAGUCUGGAUCGGGUGAGGAGACAAUCCUGCAGUUUAACUCUGGAACUCUGACCCUGACCCGAAGGCCAAAGCCCACCCCAGAGCCUCUUACCUAUCCAAUCCUGGAAUGGGAAGAUAUUAAAUUCGAGGAUGUCAUCGGAGAGGGCAACUUUGGACAGGUGAUCAAAGCCAUGAUCAAGAAGGACGGAAACAAGAUGAGCGCGGCCAUAAAAAUGCUGAAAGAGUUUGCCUCAGAGAAUGACCACCGGGACUUUGCUGGGGAACUGGAGGUGUUGUGUAAACUAGGCCAGCAUCCCAACAUCAUCAACCUGAUUGGUGCCUGUGAGAACAGAGGUUACCUGUACAUAGCCAUAGAAUACGCUCCCUACGGUAACCUUCUGGAUUUCUUGCGAAAGAGUCGCGUCUUAGAGACAGAUCCUGCAUUCGCCAAGGAACACGGCACGGCCUCAACGCUCACCUCCCAGCAGUUACUGCAGUUUGCCGUGGACGUGGCGACUGGGAUGCAUUACCUCAGUGACAAACAGUUUAUUCACAGAGAUCUGGCUGCCCGGAACGUUCUUGUCGGCGACAAUCUUGUGGCGAAGAUAGCAGACUUCGGUCUAUCUCGUGGUGAGGAGGUUUAUGUUAAGAAGACAAUGGGUAGGUUGCCUGUUCGCUGGAUGGCCAUUGAGUCUCUGAACUACAGCGUGUAUACAACCAAGAGUGAUGUGUGGUCUUUUGGAAUUCUCCUAUGGGAAAUUGUAAGCUUAGGUGGCACACCGUACUGCGGGAUGACGUGUGCAGAGCUCUAUGAAAAGUUGCCACAAGGCUACAGGAUGGAGAAGCCCAAAAACUGUGAUGAUGAAGUUUACGAGCUCAUGAGACAGUGCUGGAGGGAUCGACCCUAUGAAAGACCCCCUUUCUCCCAAAUCUCAGUGCAGCUCAAUAGGAUGCAGGAGGCCAGGAAGGCCUAUGUGAACAUGGCCCUCUUUGAGAACUUCACCUACGCUGGAAUCGAUGCUACUGCGGAGGAGGCCUGACUACCAGCCCCCCCAGGCCCUGGCACGCCACGAAACCUCAAGAAGAAGCCCAAAAGGUCGUCCCCACGUUACUGCCACCUGCCCGCUGCUCACCGCAGAGACAGGAGGCCCAGACGCUCGCUCAAAACCACUCAGUUAUAGACGGAGGACUGUGAAAGGACACAAUGUGGAUGCACCUGUGGGUUGGAGGCGAUCACUACCAAGAGUCACAUCAUUGAGCCUCUUCUCGUUGCAGAGGUGACACUUUUGAGAGCCAAAGAGAAAAUGGCACAUCUGGAGUAUUAUGGCAUGCUGAAACACUACAGGGUCUGAGGGGUGUUGGACUUUAUUAUCUCUGUAAUCCAAAUGGAGGAGUGUGUGUUAUUGUUGUUUUUUUAUCUUUGAACGGACUUAGAGUGAAUCACAAACAUUUAAGUCCCCAAACAGGUGGAAACUCAUGAAAAUGUAGCACUUAUCACCGUCUGUGUAUUAUCACUGCCAUGUGAACUACUGUAUAUAGUUUUUUUAAGACCUACAAUAUCCUGAAUGUAAUUUGCCUAAUAGUACAGAAACACUAAUGUGUAAAAAUGUGAGAUUUUUUUUUCUUUUGGUUUUGGAUUAUUUUUUUUUUAACCACACUGGAAAAAAAACUGUGAUAAUGGAACAAGAAAUAUUGGCUUUCCAGAAUGCUGGGGACGGGUAAAGUGGUGCAUAGUGCUUCUUAUCCUCACAGCCAGGAGAGUCUGGAUUUUCUCUGAACACUUUUGCUUUCUUUUAGAUCCUGAAAAUGAGACUCAAAAUUGUCUGUUGUGAGUUGUUUCCUCUUUAUGUUUACUUUGUGAAUGACUGGCAACUAUUAGUCCAGGGUGUUUGCCGCCUUUUGCCAGCUGGGAUAGGCAACACCUUGCCUGCAACCCUAAAAAGGAGUAUAGCAGUACAGAAACUUGGCAAGUUAAAUUACCUUGCUUAUCUCAGAUUUGACUACAUAUUAUCUAAAAUAAGCAAACUGGUCUAAAAAAAUAUGUACAUAUGCAGUUUGGGCCUGAAUAAAACACAUGCAAACUUGAUCUAUUAAGCUGAUCAAGUUAGCUUGUGUCUCUUAAAUGAGCAAACAAGAGCUCAAGCCAGCGUUUGUUUUCAUGUAUAUGCAAAAUAUAUGCUGAUUAUUAGAUCACCCGCACCAUGACGAGAUGCAAAUAUAAUCACUUAGUACUUGCAAUGUGAUUUAUUAAAACUGUUUUGUGACCGCU